CAGCUUACCCCUGUCCUUAUUUGCUCUCUGCUCUCACCAUGUUUGUGUCUGUGUUGCUCCUGUGGAUAUGUCUCUGCUUCUUGUUCGUUCAGUUCAGGUCACGACGGCCCAAAAACUUCCCUCCUGGACCCUUUGCUCUGCCAUUUUUAGGGAAUGCACUGAACUUAAGCCUUGACAACCCUCUGAAGUACUUUGAGUCGUUGAGGAUGACUUAUGGGAACAUCUACAGUCUGUACAUAGGGCCCAGAGCUGCUGUGGUGGUGAGCGGGACCCAGGCUCUGAAGGAGGCUCUGGUUAACAAGGCUGUGGACUUUGCUGGACGACCUCAGGACACAUACAUCAAUGCUGUUGUAGAAGAAAAAGGUGUAAUUCUAGCUGAUUAUGGUACAAAAUGGAAAGAGCAUCGUCGCUUUGCUUUGACAACCAUGAGAAACUUUGGUUUGGGCAAACAGUCGAUGGAGCAGAGGAUUCUGGGAGAACUACAGCACACCAUCAAUAAACUGGAGAAAAACACAGGUAAAAGCCUGAGUGCUCAAGUCAUGUUUCACAACAUCGCCUCCAACGUGAUCUGCCUUGUUCUGUUUGCAAAACGAUUUGAAUAUGAUGAUGAGUUUAUAGUAAAAUAUGUGGAAAAUUUCACUGAGAUUAACAAGAUGAUUAAUGGACCUUGGUCUUUUCUGUAUGACUGUUUUCCCUGCAUCCGUCGCUUUCCAUUACCAUUUAACAAAGCUUUUAAGAGAAUACAGACACUGAAAAGAAUGACUUCCUCUAUAAUAAAUGAACACAUGAAGACCAGAGUUCCAGGACAACCUCAGGAUUUUGUUGAGUGCUAUCUGGAUGAAAUGGACAAGAGAGCCAAUGAGGGCACAUCAUUUUCUUCAGAAGAACUGUUGAUGACUCUUCUCAAUCUACAUUCUGCAGGCACCGACACCACAUCAAAUACACUGCUCACUGGAUUCCUCUACCUCAUGACCAAGCCUCACAUUCAAGAGCGAUGCCAGCAGGAGAUAGACCGAGUGCUGGAGGGAAAAGACAGUGUCACUUUUGAAGACAGACACAACAUGCCUUAUGUCCAGGCUGUGGUACAUGAGAGUCAGCGAGUGGCCGACACUGUCCCUCUGAGUGUUUUUCAUGCGACCACCAAAGACACAGAGCUGAUGGGGUACUCCAUUCCUAAAGGCACUAUUGUCAUCCCCAACCUGUCGUCAGCACUCAGUGAGGAGGGACAGUGGAAGUUUCCUCUUGAAUUCAACCCUGAAAACUUUCUCAACGACAAGGGGGAGUUUGUCAAACCAGACGCCUUCCUGCCCUUUUCUGCUGGUCCUCGGGUGUGUCUGGGAGAAAGCCUGGCCCGUAUGGAGCUCUUCCUCAUCUUGGUGACUCUUCUGAGGAAGUUUAGGUUCAUUUGGCCUGAGGACGCAGGAGAGCCUGACUAUGAGCUGGUGUUUGGCAUCACUGUGACCCCUAAACCGUACAACAUGAAAGUGGAGCUGAGGGCCACACAGUGACAAAUUUUGAAGUUGUUGAGAUCAGCAUAGGAUAGAGGUGAGGGUGCACUUUUGAAAGUAGUAGGAACAAUACCAGAGGUAAGAGAGGAAUGAAUGAUGGCAGGAAUUAAGGAGAUGAGUGAGGAGAGGGAAGACUUACCAGAUAAGUUGGAAGAGGAUCAAGGUGGCAGGUAGAACAUUUGGACUGGCGAAUGGGGACACAUUUCAGAGUGGUUCAGAAAGUUACAAACUAGAACUGUGUUUGUGUGUUUUUUUGUUUUUUUAUCAGCCACAGCAAUAGUGCAAAAAAAAGAAGACAAGACAUUUUUUUCUGAGCUGUUGGUGCAAAAAAAAGAAAAAAAAGAAAAGAAAAGACAGGAAGAAAAGAGCUGUCGGUGCAAAAAUAAAUAAAAUAAAAAGAUAAUUAAAUGUAAAGGAUUUUAUAUUUUAUAACGUUUAUUUUACUGUUUUAUCAAAGUAUAUUUCAAAGUGUAUUCUUAUUGUGCAAACUGUAAGUUCUUCCUUCUUUCAUGCAGAAAUGCACCCAUCCGUUUCCAGUGAUGAUAGGUGCGAGACACGCUUCUUAGAAAUGAUGCUUGUGUAACUGUAAUGUAACCUCCCAUUUGUAUGUGUGCAAGUCAAAUUCAAUAAAAGGGAAGCUGAGGGAAGUGGCAAUUUGGUAGUUUGGGACGAGCUGUAACAAGCGCCACUACCCCUCGCGAGGAAACCAG